AUGUUACUCGACGAAAGCCCCGCUACUCUCAUCCACCACACUAUCGGCAACUUCAACAUUCAACCCGACAAACAAGCCGUCACGCGCAUCAAUGACUCGCUCGCCACGCUUCAGCAGUCGCGUGAGCUGCGCAUGCGCGAGGCCGAGUCCGCCCUGCGCAAACUCUCACGCCACCUCUCCGCCCUCAACAACCAGCAAGAGGAGGCCCUGGCCGCACACGACGCCGGCAAGCACGCCGCCGAGAUGGUCGAGCUCGACACCAAGAAGUUCCGCAUCGCCAAGGCCGCGACCGAGCUGGAGAUCGAGUCCGAGCGGCUGGAGGGCGAGUUGGAGAUGCUGAAGGAGCGGCUGGCGGAUCUGGAAGCGCAGGGGGUCGAGGGCGAUGAGCCGACGCGCAGGGAGAGGGAGAUGGAUGAUGCGACGCUUCUGCGAUUGAAGAUCUAUCGAUCGCUGGGUGUGGAUAUUGAGGCGGACGAGACGGGCAACUUUAAUAAAGCGGUUAUUCGGAAUAGUCGCAAGGGGGAUGUGCAUGUGGUCAACAUCGACCCGAAGUUCUCGCGGUUCUUUUAUUCGAAUUACUUCUGGUCGACGAUGCAGGGUUGA